UGGCUUGGCUCUGUCGGAGGCGCGUCUCCACAGAAAACGGAGGGACCUCCGCGAGUGUUUGGUCGUGUCUCGGGGAGCGACGGAACCGGCGAUCGGAGGCAACUCGCUUUCUCGUCGCCCGUUAAACGCGACCUGCACGCGUUGGGAAAGCUGUCGGUGUGCUUCGUUGGGGGCACGGUCCUUGUCGGGGCGAGAGACAGCACGGGGCCUGCCACUGUGCGCGUGUGCGCCACACGUCGUGGCGAGCGGGGUGUGCGCGUGCGGUGCCGGUCAUGGCACUCCAGGACCGCCGCUACCGGUGCUUCCUCCGGAUAAUGACGGCCUCUUGGAUUAUCGCGGCCGUGGCUGCCGCACGCAGUUCUGCUGAUAUCCUGCCCGGCCGGGCUCCCCGCAUCACCGAGCACCCGGGCGACGUGGUGGUGCGCAAGCACGAGCCGGUGACGCUGCGGUGCCGGGCGGACGCAGAGCCCCCGGCUCGCCUGUCCUGGUUCCACGAGGGCCGCCCCGUGCGCAACUCGGCCACCCGCAUGGUGCUGCCGGAGGGACAGCUCUUCUUCCUGCACGUCCAGCACAGCCGCAGGGACCAGGACACGGGCCUCUACUGGUGCACGGCAACCAACGCCCUCGGGGAGGCGCGCUCUCGCAACGCAUCUGUCGAACUCGCAGUGCUCCGCGAGGAGUUCCGGGCGACGCCCAAGUCCUCCCGUGUGGCAGUGGGCGAUUCGGCGACGCUGGAGUGCAUUGCGCCCAGGGGCCACCCCGAGCCCUCGGUCACGUGGUUCAAGGACGGCGCCCAGGUGGCCACGGGCACGGGGCGCAUCCGCCUGCUGGGCCAUGGCUCGCUGCUUAUCGCAGACGUCAGGCACGCCGACCAGGGCCGCUACGUGUGCAGGGCCGCCAACCUCCUCGGCACCCGGGAGAGCCCCGCUGCCACGCUCUCCGUGCACACAAAGCCGUACUUCGUUCGUGUGCCGGAAGACGUGACGACGCUUGCCGACGAGGCCGUGGAGUUCCAAUGCAAAGUCAACGGGGAUCCGAAACCCACCGUGACCUGGAGGAGGCAGGACGGGAAAAUGCCCGUCGGAAGAGCCUCCAUCCAGGAAAACAAGAACCUACGCAUACAGAAUGUCUCGCCCAUGGAUGAGGGAACCUACAUCUGUGAAUCUGAGAACUUCGUUGGCUCCGUUUCAGCAUCUGCUAGUCUCACCGUGCAUUCUCGCCCCUCAUUCAGACUGACACCUGAAGACCAGAAAGUGGGGCUGAAUGGCGUUGCCAAAUUCGACUGCUUUGCGACCGGUAAUCCUCAACCAUCUGUCUUCUGGACCAGAGAGGGUGACCAGGUGCUCAUGUUCCCCGGAAAGUCACACGGCAGGUUCUCAGUCACGAACGAGGGUACUUUGGUCAUCUCGAGUGUGCGCAAAGAAGACAGGGGCUACUACACCUGCUCUGCACUUUCUGUCGUGGGGUCUUCAAUGGCAAAGGGCCACUUGGAGGUUACUGCAAUGGCCGACCUCCCACCGCCGGUCAUUCGUUUGGGUCCGGCCAACCAGACGCUGCCAAUCAACACUGCGGCCAUCAUGCCAUGUGAAGCGACAGGCAAACCAACCCCGACGGUGCGCUGGCAGUACAAUGCAGUCCCCUUGCAGACAGAUACUAGGCCCAGAUUUGUGAUCCUUCAGUCGGGAACAUUGAGGAUUAACGGUUUACAAAUUCUGGACAGUGGAAUGUACACCUGCACAGCAUCCAGCGAGAGUGGAGAGACUUCCUGGACGGCCUCUCUGACUGUCGAGUCUCCACACAACCCCAAUGUCAACUUCCACCGGUCCCCGGAUCCCUCCACUUUCCCUGGGCCUCCUUCCAAACCCGUUGUUGUCAACAUAAGCGAAACUUCUAUCACCCUCACCUGGAGGCGCAGCGAAAAAGUCGGAGAGUCCUCGUUGAAAGGAUACACGAUUGAAUACUACAGCAGCGAUCUGCAAAGUGGCUGGGUUUCAGGAGCACAUCGUGUGCUCUCUGAAACAUACACCAUUCAACCACUGCGGCCUGACUCGCGCUACAUCUUCAUCAUUCGAGCUGAAAAUUCUCACGGUUUGGGGCCACCAAGUCCUGCCUCUGAUACCAUACGCACUUUAGGGUUAGCUCCUCAUUUUCUUCCCGAGUACAAUCUGGAUGAAGCUCGGGCCAAGUUGACCUCUUGCAUGGUGACUCUAAUGGACAUGCGUGCUGCAAGCUCCACCGCUGUAAAACUCACCUGGAGGAUUCAAGGAGAUAAGGAUUAUGUGGAGGGAUUCUACAUUCGAUUUCGAGAUGUGAGCGAAGGAUUGCAGAGCUACAACAUGGUGACUGUGCUCAACGGAGGAGCCUCGUCCUACAUCCUCAACGAUCUCAGGCCAUAUGCAAAGUAUGAGUUCUUCUUGGUACCGUUCUACAAGAGUGUGGAAGGACCACCUAGCAACUCAAGAAGUGUCCAGACAUUGGAGGACGUUCCAACGGCAGCUCCUGAAGAUGUUAGAGCUCAUGUGUUGAAUGUUACCACUGCCACAAUCUUCUGGUCUCCUCCUCCUCCUCAGCACUGCAAUGGAAAGCUGAAAGGCUAUAAUGUUUAUCUAACAGGAAACCUGUCUGAGCCCUUUUUGAACAAGAGUACAAACUCAACGACAAACUCCCUGCUCGUGACAAACCUCAAAGCGGGAUCUUCUUACAAAGUUCGCAUUGUUGCUCACACCUCGGUCGGCAGCGGGCCCCUGAGUUCUCCAGUCCUUUUCAGAAUGCAUAGCCCAUCUUCAACGUCAUUGUCCACUCCUUUUCACAACAUUGUGAAGCAGUCGUGGUUCAUUGCCCUCAUUGGGUGCCUCACAUUUAUAGCCGUCAGCAUGUUUGUACUCUUCGUGGUUCGCAAGCGAAAGCUCGAACUGAAGAAGGCAAUUACAGCAGUUCCAGUUCACAAGUCAGAGGACCUAAGCAACUGCUUCAAUUCACUAACUGGCAGGACGGGUCUUAGUCCGCACGAGGCCUUGUGGAUUAACCAUAGUGCCUGGAGGCCCUGCGAUUCUUCUAAAGAUGGCUUCUGUGAGACUAAGCUGCUUAACAAGAUGGACUGCACUUCCAAUGAUCUUAACUACUCCAGUGUCUAUGCACCACUUCAUUGUGGCAUCAAUGCUCCCGACUAUGCAGAGGUUGAUACACACAACUUGACAACUUUCUACAAAAAAGGCCUUCCUUCAGUCCCUGAGCCCUAUGCCACAACUACAUUGAUAAAUCCUUCACUCCACAAAAGCUUCAGUGGUUCCGGUCAAGACGGGCGCAGCGGUAGCUCUGGUGAAGAAGGAGGCCGGUUAUCGGACAAGGCUUUUGAUCUUGAGUUGAGGAGAUCAAACGAAGAAGGCAUUACAAACCGACUGCUCGAGUCUGACAAGCUCACAAGCCCAGUCAGUGAUUCUGGAAGCUACACAACAGACGAAUAUGGCAUGCCCAUAAAGAAGAGCCGGCGAAAACUCUCAAGAGGAAAUGCCAUGCCCAAGGGCCCCAUGAUGAACUGGGCCGAGAUUAUUCCCCCACCUCCGGAGCAGCCUCCAAGCGACGUUGGCUCUGCACCCAACACCCCCGCUUCGCAUCGGGGAGUGUCGCCACACAGUAGGCAACUAAAGCAAAAGCUGCUCUCAGGCUGCUCCCAGGCCUCCCUCAGCAGUGCGAGGGUGAUGCAAGGGGCCCCCAGGUUCGCGGGUCCCUCCCCUAGGGCUAGCCUUAACAAAUCCAGCAACAGCAUCGGGGCCUGCUACGCGGACCCCAGCACGGGCCUUCACUUCGCCACGAGAGAUCUCAGGCCACUGCUGAGGCCUCCGUUGCAAUCACAGCUGCAGACACAGCCGUCACCUUUCUGCCAGACUCUCAUGGAUAGAGGAGUGCAGUCGUCCCUCCCGUCGCUAGUCAGCGAGUCGCACUCGUUAAAACCCGCCCUGGAGGUGUCUGGGCCGAACCGUGCGGCACUUCAGGGACAUAUUUAUCAUCCCAUGGACGGAGAGUCGGAUGCGGAAGAUAUUACACGGCCACAGUCCUUAGAGUCUAGUGUGGCUGGAGACACAGACUAUGCACCAAGUCAUGCGCCAUCGUGGGCAAGCAUGACGGAGCAGAGCAACAGCUCCUGCACAAGUGGUCGCUCCAGUGGUGCAAGUUCUUAUGAUGACACUGUCUACAACGAAGUAGAUUUCGCCAACGCUGUUGCUUUGGCUGCACAAAAUGCUGGCCUGCAGGCCAACGGGUCAAUUAUUUCCACAGCUCGGUUAAUAAACAGCUACGGUAUAAAAAACACCUACGAAAACUUGACAAAAGCUCGAUUGAAACAGCAACGGGAUCCACGCUGAUGAAUUCCAGUAAGAGCUUUUCUUCAAAUUCUCAAACUAUGCGUCAAGGCGGACGCUCAAGAUCUGUCGAGAAAGUUUUCAUGUCUGCAUUAAAACAAUGUACGAGCUCUCUUUUUUUUAAAAAAAAAGGACAGUGCAUGCAGGCGUUCUAUUCACACGUCAGGAAUAGUUGGUCCAGCUUCUAUCAAAGACAAUUUGCUCCAAGUUAAAUUACUUUAAAGGCUCUCUAACCAAUCAAGUCUCUUCACAAAGAUGUUUGUGCCCUCCCUUUUGCAUUAGGUUCUCAUAUUCCUGAAGCAUGUUCAGAUUAGCUCUCUGAAAGAAUGUUAAAAAUGAUGUCGCAGGAUAACUGCCACUUAGUACGGUACGUAUCACUUUGAUGAGGAAAUUCCUUUCUAAAAAAAGCCUUCAUAUCAUCGCGCAAAACACUGCAUUUACCUAUUCGGAUAAUUUGCAUGCUGUUCAAGAUCAACACCCAUGCAUCUGCUUUCCUGUAGAUUUUAUGUUAGCCAGUAACUGCAUUUUCUAAAAGGUGCUAAGUAAAUUAUGAAAUAUCUAAAUGGUUUGGUGAAGGCGAGCGGGUUGGGUAUGAAAAAUCUAAAUGGUUUGUUUGCAAGAUGUCCUGCGGCGCCGAUAACGUUUAUGCAAAUGAUUAUCUCUCUCACGUCCUUUGCUGGAAGCAAUUAGACAUACAAUUUCUGUUUACAAACAGUGCGCAAAUUACUCGAGUAAAUAUGAUAAUAAAGAAUUCUUAAUGCAAUUAAUAUAAAAAUUUUGCAGCCUGCAAAAAGAAAAUCGAAAAAUAACCUGUACAGCCCAGGGUGCACUACCUCCACAACAGAAAAGUCAACUACGCGCUUCUAUCCGUUACUUUUCUGAACGUUCAGACGUGACGAAAACGACAGGUACUAAAAAUGUAAAAAAAAUGAGAGGUUAAUACACAAAGUGCCAAAUACCUCAUUUCAUAUAUCAAAUAUUAAAGAACAAUAAAUAAACCUUACCUGCAUAAGCUUUUUUUUAAGUUUGUUUUCAAAGCCUUGUUUCGGCACGCAAAUCAACCAUUGGUUUGCAGUGUUUCACUCUUGCCUUCUAUUGAUUUGGACAUUGGAGGUUGGUUUGGAUAUUGGCCAGGGACCAUCCCCUUGAACAUUAGCACUCAUUGUAACAGAUGUCGCACAUGAAAAAAAUGAAUUCUAGUUAUGUUAUGAAAGAAAAACACGAAAAAUAUCCUGUCAAACGCUGCAAGGAAAAGAAAUACAAGUCAAAAGGUACACUGACCUCCCUUUAUUGUCAAAAUCAUACAAUACUGGUUCCUACUGAUAAUUGCGUGGUGAGAAUAAAAACUACUUUUUUUUUCAAAUCUCAGAGCAUGCUCAAAGUGAUGAGGAGAGGGAAGCGAUGCAAAGGGGGUGGCAAGCACUGACGUCAUGGAGAAUAGAGGAGAAUUUCAUCGGGCUCAAUGUCCAGAACUCAUGUAGACACUGUUAGGGCUAGACAACCUGGACCUCUACAAUGGUUGCCGAUCGGCUCGUGAGGUGCAAAUGUGACUUACACUGUGUUCACCGGUGUUUGUGAGUCACUGCUGAGGGGAAACUGGGUCCGGACUACCGUGUGCUCAGAUACUCCCAGACACUACAUGCAAGAAAAUGUGCCCUAACAUCAAACUUUUCCCCUUGGUGUUUGUGAAUGUGCGGAAUGAACGAUAAGGACUAGCACCUGUGUUGUGCCCUUGGUAGAUCUCCGAUCGUCGAGAACCUGCGAAGAACAAUUUCCUUGUGUCUCCCUUCGGAAAUUUCUGCCCACAAGCCCACCUCCCCGCCCAGAGGAGGCAACAAAAAGGAGCAACUGUUCAGGAGCUCUUCGUCUUCCGUCACAUCUUUGCGCUAUGCAAUAAACCUUUGUUAAGUUUAUUUUCCUGUGAUUCCCGAGUGCUGACAAUACCUUGCCAUAACUCACUGAUGAGUGCACUCACUCACUUUACUCACCCUCACAGAUCAGAUGCGAGGUGAGAGUGAGUGAGUUCGUAAGCCUCAGACUCACAAGUUUGAGGUUGAGGGAGGGGCGUGAGUUCCGACUUCUCGGCUGUGCUGAUAGAACAGCUGGAGCACUCAAUCGUUCGAGAAAGUUCCUCGCACGGACCGAAGACCUUGCUUCCAGCGAUGAAUAAAAACAUAGUUUUAAAACCUUGCAGACUUUUCAAAUAGCCUUGGAAUGCCGUACUUUAAUCAUCUCGAAUAAAAUAC